ACAAAGCAGACAGUUCUCCUGUCGGCAACAAAAUGACAAAAAGGGCAGUUCCAGCCUUUCUGGCAGCAGCAGCGAAAGAAAUAGGAGGAAAAGUCGUCGACAAGCUUGGCGACAGGAUCGCGGACGGUGUAGUGGAGAACCACCAGGAGAAGGUGGUGAGCGGUCUGCAGGACUACCUGGGGAAACAGAUGGACAAGUUCGACGAUGAGUACAAAGAACUGCUGAAGGACACCAGUGGGCUGGCAGCGGGUUUGAACCGGCCGGUGGAGGAGGCGGAAAUUCAACUUGUUCCUGGGCGAGGAGGCACGAUGGGUAACAUGUAUGCACCACCAGGCUGGGAGAUCCGACAUAAGUACAAGUACAAGGAUGACAGUGAUAACGACAAGGUCAGUUCCGGAGGACAGGACCCAGCCUACACCUACCCAGCCGGACUAGGACCAGUUCUGAUGAACGGCUGCUUCGGGACAGGCUAUAAGAAUGGAGACCCCUGCUGGGAAGCCAAAAUACCACUAGAAGGCUGUCCAAACCAGAUUGACGGCGCAACCUACCUCGGCGUUGGCUUCGAUGGAAGAGGCGUGUACUCAGCUGAGUCUAGGAAGAAGAGUGUUAUCCAGAGAUCAUGCCAAAAUUUGCAAACAUACGGUGAAAACGAAGUACCUGACUCCAUGACCGUGCUAGGCAUAUACGACACAGAUGUAGAAUCCUACACCUUCAGCUCAACGGAAGAGUAUAGGAAAUACCUUGCGGAGAAAUCAGCCGUCACUUCUGCCAAGGCCAUGUUCCAGGAAGAGAUCAACAAGGCUUCUGGACACGGAGCAGGGGGUGGAGCGUUUGGACUUGGUUGGUCAGCAGGAGGAGGAAGAUCCAGUCAGAGGGGCACAUCCAGACAAUCAUCAGGCUUCAGUGCCAGCUCCUCUGCCAGCGCUCGUCUUGGUGAGAAGCAGACGCAAACAUUCAUGGCCAUGCUGGAGAUAAACAUAUUCAGGUAUGAGAUCUUCAUGGACGACGUGACACCGGAACGAUUAAACGUGGGCUUCUUACGAGACUUUAUUUCCCUGCCUGAGUCCUACUUCUCUCCCGGGGCAGAAAUUAUAUUUCAAAAUUUCUACCUCCGCUGGGGAACACACUACAUCAAGUCAGCCAAAUUCGGAGGGCAACUAAAGAUCAUCAAAACAAAGCAAGCUACACAGGACCUGUCGAUGUCUGAAUUCGCGACUAAAGCAGAAUCUGACUGGAAGAUGACUCUCAGCACCUUCUCAGCGCAGGCGUCACAGACCAAGUCCAGUAGCUGGUUUCACAAGCACGAGUCGAAGACUGAAUCAAAAGACUCUUCUGCACAUGCAGCAUCUGGUUCUGAAUCACAGGCCCAAAGACAGGAAGAGAAGCAAGCAUCAGCCCAGGAGUACAGCAACGAGGUUCUGGUGGUUCAAGGCGGAGACCAGAAGAUCGCCGCUGCCAUCACGGAGAUGUACACGACAGCCCUAACAAGAGAGCUGAAGGACUGGUUAGAGUCCAUUGAUGACUACCCCAAACCCUUCUCCUUCGUGUUGAGGCUGGUCUCAGAUCUACUGAACAUCCCCUUUGACUCGCUAUUCCCUGCAGGAGAGGUAGAUUACGGAUGUUUAGGUAGCAGGAAUCUACAAAUAGAAAAGGAAACAAGCCGGAAGUACUACACAAGAGAGACAACAGAACCCGGUAAUGAUGACAAGGGAACUAAGAAUGGGAGUGAAAUGGUGACGGUCACUGAGAUCCGUUAUUGUAAUUUUGAAAACCGCAAAGCCCUUGAGGACAGCAUGACCAAGAGGAGGCUGGCACUUCAACGUGCUGUUACAGUGUAUCUGGAAGAGGGUCGUCUCCUGAGUUCAGACUUCCUCCUGCCCGCUGGAGAGGCAGGCUGUGAAACCGCCAUGUUGGCGUUCCUUCAGGAGAACAACACCGGCGUGCCCACAUGGGAAGACAUGACCGGAGGAACGGAGUUCACGGUCGUGUUUGACAUGCCGUAUGACAUCCCGGGGAUUCUUCGGGCGCAAGACGUGCUGACACUUAAGUUCUAUCGUCACAUGUGGUUCUCUGCGAGGAAAGGAUUUGUUCCGCAUCUGUAUGAUGGCUACAAAAACGGAGGGAGUAACGACGUUCACGCAAAAAAGGUCAGCGUUCAGGGGCUUGUCAUGACGUAUGACGAGGGAACAGGUGUCUUCACGGUGACGGAUGACGACUUCAAAGCCUCAAAUUUAGAUUUUAAAAAUUCAACACAGUCGGUAAAAGGUCGUGACGUCGCCAGAGCUGAGUACAAGAAACUACUUAACCACUUGAGCCAGAAAAUUGACACAGUUGGAGACGUACCGUGUAGCAUUCAAUGGUCCAACGCGCAUCGCUUUGAUCCGACCGAUGGAGGAAAGUGCAUCCACUUCACUGCAGCAUCAGAGGGUGACAUCUUUGUUGUGUUUGCCAGCAUACCGCAAAACCAUGAGACCUGGAUAUAUGUACAGAUCACACCUGAAGGAGUGGCACUGUAUAAGGCACUUCGGCUACAGACCACCCAGCUGAAUGACGACGCCGGCGGUCUGGGUUCGGCCACCCUGUACCAGUCGUACUUUGUCUGUGUGACUGAAGAUUUGGACGAUGUGAAAACAGUCGUUCAAUACGGCAAGACGCCUGACAAUGAGGAGCGUCCCCACGUCUGGUUGAGUUUCUCAUUCAACGAGGUGGCGUCCCUUCGCUACUAUUCCUUCGGCAGUGGAGAGUCUCCUGUCAAGGUGAUGGGACUGUCAAUGCUGGACAAGCCGGCAAAGGACUUCAUCUGCCGGGAAGGGACGGAGAUGAUCAACGGGGUCUGUCAACAAAAAUGUCAUCCCGAGUGUAACGGAUGCCGCACAAGUGGAUCUAACUCUCCAACUGACUGUAUCGCCUGUAAACAUCUGAAGGUGUCCUACCCCUUCAGAGAAGGACACACUGGUGAUUUCGAAUGCGUCGCCCAGUGUCCGCAGCACAUGAAAUCUGACACCGCUUCAAAAACCUGUUCAUGCAUUAAGAGGAUGGAAGAAACUCGCCCUGAUGGUGUUGUGGACUGUUUGACGGAGUGCCCUCUGACACACUUUGAUGAUAACAGCGUAUGCAAAAAAUGCAGCAGCUUUUGCAAAGACGUCAGUAAUGAAGGGAAUAGGACCUGCUCCGGACCUGCUUCAACAGACUGUGACACCUGCAAGUAUCAACAUGAGGGGCGCUGUGUAGAAGGAUGCAGACCUGGGCAGAAAGCUGUGAAGGCUGAUCACAAUGCCUUCACCUGCCACCAAUGUCGUCCCGGCCAUGAGUGUAAGCUGGGGGACGAGCGGGAAGACAUCUGCCCGGCGGGAGCGGCCAGUAACGACAACAGGACAAUGUGCGUGCCGUGUGCAGCAGGGGAGUUCAGCAGCGCUCCGGGAGCGGCGUCCUGUCAGAAGUGUCCAGCCGGGAAGUACAGCACAGGCGGGGGGGCCACAAGCUGUUUAGACUGUCCAGCGGGAAAGUACAGCGAUGCAGUAGGAUCCACGGGCUGUAAGGUCUGUCCUGCCGGGCAAUACAGCAGCACAGCGGCGUCAAGCGGUUGCCAGGACUGUCCUGCCGGAAGGUACAGCAAUACAGCAGGCUCCACGUCUUGUCAUUACUGUCCUGCCGGACAAUACAGUAGCACAGCGGGGUCCACCUCUUGUCUGUCCUGUUCAGCGGGAACAACAACUCUCCAUAUCGGCCAGUCUGCUUGCAGAGGGAUAAACAAACACGUGAUCGAGCUGGAUGUAAGGGACGUGGAUAAUGCUAAGACAGAGGACAAGAUCUCCUUCCGGAUUUAUUCUUCCAACCGUUGGACCAAUUGGUUUCAGAUUCCCGCUUCAUUCAACCAGGGAAGAACAACAAGAGCAGAUAUCACACCUACCUUCUUUGGAAACUUUGGAAGACCCGACAAAAUUCAACUGAAAAUCAGCGGGGACGACUGGCUGGCUCUUGAUGAGAUUCGCCUGUACAAUGGAUACACGUAUGAGACCACCCGUUUCCGAUGUAACUGUGACCUUUCUAAGGACAGUGAUGACUCACCCAAUGCCGCCGAAUCCAUUACUGUUGAUCGUUAUAAUAGUUAGUAUGGUCGUUAGAAUGAGCGGAAUCAGCUUUCCCGUGAAGGUGUCGACGGAACUUCCGGACAUAUGUGAUUUUCUGACAUAGAU